AUGCCUUCGAAGCAGCCUGGGGAACCUGACCACGCCGUCGACCCAAAGUUCGAGUCGUCGACACCCGCCCCGGAAUCCAAGCCAUUCCCGCAAGAGCCCGUCAGGAAUACCAAAUAUGACCCGAAGAAGCCACACAUCACAGAGACUCCCAUGACGAGGAAGAACUGGUACAAGCACGUGAACUGGCUUAACGUGGUGCUGAUUGUGGGCAUCCCCAUUGCUGGCUGCAUCUACGCUUUCUGGACACCCCUCUACCUCAAGACUGCGAUUUUCGCGGUACUCUAUUACUUUGCCACGGGACUGGUGAGUCUUUCUGAAGAUGUUAGCUUAUGUGCAAUUGCUAACGCGUUCUAGGGAAUCACUGCUGGAUAUCACAGACUGUGGGCACACACUUCCUACUCCGCCUCCAUUCCCCUCAAGAUCUUCCUCGCCGCUGUUGGCGGUGGAGCCGUCGAAGGCUCCAUUCGAUGGUGGUCUCGCGACCACCGUGCCCAUCACCGAUACACCGACACCGACAAGGACCCGUACAGCGUUCGCAAGGGCCUGCUCUACUCCCACUUCGGCUGGAUGGUCAUGAAGCAAAACCCAAAGAGAAUCGGCCGUACCGACAUUUCUGAUCUCAAUGACGACCCAGUGGUUGUUUGGCAACACAAGAAUUACCUCAAGGUCGUUCUCUUCAUGGGCCUGAUCUUCCCAUGCCUGGUUGCUGGAUUUGGCUGGGGUGAUUGGCUUGGCGGCUUCAUUUACGCCGGUAUCCUGCGCAUCUUUUUCGUCCAGCAGGCCACCUUCUGCGUCAACUCUCUCGCCCACUGGCUCGGAGAUCAGCCAUUCGACGACCGCAAUUCUCCUCGUGAUCACGUUAUCACCGCACUCGUCACUCUUGGCGAGGGUUACCACAACUUCCACCACGAGUUCCCAUCCGACUACCGCAAUGCCAUCGAGUGGCACCAGUACGACCCAACCAAGUGGUUCAUCUGGACAUGCAAGCAGUUGGGCCUUGCUUACGACCUGAAGCAAUUCCGAUCCAACGAAAUCGAGAAGGGUCGUCUCCAGCAACAGCAGAAGAAGCUUGAUCAGCAGCGUGCCAAGCUCGACUGGGGCGUUCCUCUCGAGCAGUUGCCAGUCAUGGAAUGGGACGACUAUGUCGACCAAACCAAGAACGGUCGUGCUCUCAUCGCCGUCGCUGGUGUUGUCCAUGACGUUUCGGACUUCGUCAACGACCACCCAGGUGGCAAGGCUAUGAUCCGCAGCGGAAUUGGCAAGGACGCUACUGCUAUGUUUAACGGCGGUAUUUACCUUCACAGCAACGCGGCACACAACUUGCUCUCCACCAUGAGAGUUGGUGUUAUCCGCGGAGGUAUGGAAGUCGAGAUCUGGAAGCGAUCGCAGAAGGAAAGCCAGGGUUCUCAGAUCUUCAAGGAUGAGAACGGCAACCGCAUCGUGCGCGCUGGUGCUCAGGUCACGAAGGUUAUGGAGCCCCCGGCCAGCGCUGGCGCUGCAUAA